CCCCUUGCCACUGUUCUGGCCGAGAACAAAGUCGGUUAACAACAAGUUAUGUAGGCUAAACACGUGGGGUAGGGAGUAAUAAUAAUAUAUUUAUGCCAUUUAGCAGAUCAUUCUAUCCCAAAGCUACUUACAGUCAUGCGUGCAUACAAUGAGUUGCCAUUGAUCAUGACUCUCUGUUCUAUGACAUUACAAAUAAGAGCCAUAAGAUGCUCUGUAGCGGGGAGCUUUGUUAAGAGUCUGAACAUUUAUCACGCAUCACUUGCGUGGGUUUGGAAGCAUACGGACCUUUUUCAUAUCUGUGAGAAAUAAUUACAACUUUCUUUUUUUAAAGGAUAAAUAUAUACACCUUUUAAUAGGGUUAGAGUUUCCACACGGCCAUAUUUCCAUGUUACAAGGCUUGUUUACUGAAGACAGGGUGGACUAUCUGUGCUAAUUAGCUGUCGGCGUCUCUGAACACCUGUAUGUAAACGGAAGACAAAAGCCACAAACUUAUCACGGGAAAUACUGUUGGCUGCAACUGUGUCAGAACAUUUUAAAACAGUGUACAGUAAGUAAGGAAGCAAACAGCCACAGUCGAUGGAGAACGAUCAACACAACCAACGGCAGGUCAAUCACCAAAGGCCCUUCUUCUAUGUUCAGCCGGCUUCUCAACCUUACUACAACAUGUAUCAUCAUCAUAAUCAGUGGCAAAAUAUGAACAACCCAUAUAACCACUAUACCUUACCUGGUUCCGGAAGUUAUCCUUUUGGACGUCCUAGUUCAUACAUGUCCCCAUACCCAUACAUGCAGUAUCCUGGUCAAUACAUUGUUCCACACAUCCAUCCAGUUGAUUACAGAUGCAUGUACGACCCACCUCGUUUCCACCCACCUCCGUUGCAUGACCCCAUGUUCCGCCACCAGCAACAACAACAACACUAUAGUGCUCAGGCCCAGAGAGAGGUGGCCUGCUCGGAGGCUCAGGCCCAGAGAGAGGUGGCCUGCUCGGAGGCUCAGGCCCAGAGAGAGGUGGCCUGCUCGGAGGCUCAGACCCAGUCCAGUGAUGCUCUGAACAAGCUCCAGACCAACGAGAAGCAGGGCUCUGAGAAAGAGCUUGAUUCCGGAGUUGUUUCCCAAGCUUCCGGAAUCUUCUCGUCAGAGAAUAAGGAACGGAAACGUGAGGUGGGGGGAGACAGACACAGUAGUCGUGGAGCCUCGUAUGGUAAGUUGGAAAGCAGCCGUUCGCAAUCGUCGUCUCCACUGGCCAGGUUGUUCAGCAUCAGUGACUCCACAGCGGCGGUCUACGACGGCGAUUCGAGUCGGAGCCUUGGAGACCUGGGGCUUCAGGAGGGCUGGGCUGUAGACUCUGACGAGGAGCCCCCAUUGGACAGCUCAUCUGUUCAGGAGGAGGAUAUCCAGGACACGCGGCAUCACGCAGCGGAUGAGUCUCUUCAUAGCCAUUCUUCUGAGAAUCUUUGCCUCCUGUCUGCCAUCUCGCAGUCCGACGACAGCCCCAGACCCGAAGACCCAGACAACCAGGCAGAGGAGGGGAGUGCCAAUCCAGACAGUACUAGUUCCACUGAGGCACUUCUGAGGCCUCGGAGUCACUGCUCCAACCUGCUCUCUCCCCAGUCACUACCAUCACCCUUAGCCUCUGACUGGAAAGCCUUAGAGCACAUGAAACAUGGAGGAGAAACGUUUGAUGUUCCAGAUGGGAGUCUGUGUGAACUGGAUGUUGACCUGUCCUACCAGAUCCUCUGUCUGCCCUUUGAUAAGGUGUUUACAGCAAGCGCUCUGCAGAAGGACGUCUCUACCAGCUCCAGCGUUGCUCUGCGGUGUGAAGACCUCCAGGCCUCUCUGUCCUCUUCUCUCGCUACUUCCUCCACCACCCCAGUCCGUCACCACCACUACUACUGCCAGCCACAGACGGCUCACGAGAGGCUCAGUGUCCUGUGUUCAUCCCUGGACGAGCUCUCGUCCCGGGACGAGAUGUUCUCCACCGAUCUGGAGGAUGUGGAUGCGUUUCCCGGAUGUUCCGUCUACGCAAGGGGGAGGUUCUCUGCAGACCUCGGAGAGGCAGAGGUCAAGGAAGUCUGUCCCCAGUCCAAGAAGCUCAUGUGUGUCUGCUGUGGAUCGAGCCUGUUGAAAGGAGGAGGGGUGAGCAGCAGGGUUAAAGUUCAUCACAGCCCCGGGGUUUACGCCGCCGGGGACUCUGACGAGGUGGUCGAGCAGGAACAACGCGGAUCUGUAAGGACUUGUGAGAGAACGCACCCCAGUAGGGUGGUUGUGAAGAAGCACCCUGUCCACAAGAAACACCAGCCUCUCCCUCUACACAUCCGACAUGCUCCCAAACACAGCUGUAAGAGAGGCCAGUGGAGAGAGGCUAUUGGGCCCGAGGAGCAGGAACCAGAGACAGUGUUGGUGGGAUCAGAGCUGAAGUAUUAUGAAGGCCAUGUGGUGGAGGGGGAGAGUGGACACAGAACUGGGGAUAAACAACACAGGACAUAUGGACUGUGCCGAGACGGCGUUAAUACUUCAGAUCCGGGCACAUGGGAGAGUGGAGGUGCCAAGCCUAGACAGAAACCACACAGCUCACUGCCACGACCAGAGAGACCAGCACUGAGGAAAGCUCUGUGUAAGCCGCUGGUAUACCAGAGAGUCAGAGAUGAGGAAAAUGACGACGAGGUGCCACAACGACUUCAGAGGAGAAGGUUCCACCAAGAGAAGAAACACAAGGUUUUGAUAUCACAUCCUUGAUGAAAUCAAAGAAAAUGUCACAAACAAAGAGCACUUAGUAAAAUGCAUAACAGAAAAUGUUUUCGGAUGGACACCAUUUUUUUUUUUUUUGUGAUCAAUAAAACCAAGGAGAUCAAGCACUUCCAGGAUGUCCAUAAACACUGUCAGUUGGCUAGCACUGUACUGUAUGUUGGUAAAAUGUCCCCUCGGUCAGCACAGGGUUUGGUGGCUUUGAAAAUCAGAUUUGAACUGUUUGUGACCAGUGGAUUAUUAAAAUGAAUUUCAUAACA